CUAAAGUCUCUACGUACAUCCCAGUUCUCCCUACAUAUCCAAUUAACUGCACAUUGUAUAUAUUCAUAAUGUAAACCCCUAUACUUAUCAGAAAGUUGAAGUGGAAUAUGACACAGUCCGAGCAUAUGAAGUAUAUAAAAGUUUGGACACACACCCUCUCAUAAACCCCCGAAAUCGUGUCCUAAACUCACUGUGUCAACACAGUGACAAUAUUUUAAGUUGAAAUAUAUCCAUUCAAUAUGAAAGUUCCCUAACACCACGUGAGCACCAGGCGGAAGUUAAACCCCGGGAUAACAGGAAAAUGGAGAAGAGGAGAUUACUUUGCUCGUAACAUUGGUCAUAUCAUGGAUUGAAACACUCAAUUUAAUAAUGGCGAGAUUGCAUCGACUUUUCUUCUUGGUUAUAUUUUAUGGGGUGGUUCCCCGUCUGAACUGUGAAACCACAACGGAAGACACGACUGUUGAAUCAUCUAGCAUAACCUCCACGACAACGGAAUCCGAUUACUCCACAUCUGAUGACACCACUUCCGUCUCACCAGCCAGCAUGACAAACGUUACCAUGACGAUGUCAACAACUAUGGAGAACGCCACUACUAUGUCAACCUCACAAACAGACGCGACUACCAUGGAAACCACGACGAUGAUGGAGACAACUACGAUGAUGGAGACAACUACGAUGUACGUGUCAACUACUCCUCUUCCGCCGAUCACCUUGACCAACUGCACGAGUAACGAGAACUGCACUGUCUCAGAUUCAAUAUGUAACAACACUGUUGGGGUUUGUCAAUGCAAAGCCGACUUUGUUCUUGUAACAGAGAAUGAGUGUAAACCAGUUGGCGAUUUCAAAGUGACCAUAACGGUGGAAAGUGUGACAGAAACAUCAUUGCUGAUAUCAUGGAUGAAUGGAUUAGAUUAUUCUGGAGUCCACGUGUAUUAUACCAUUACAUUCAAUGAUUCUGUGGUCAGCAAUGUUAGCUCUCCACACUUGAUCAAGAAUCUGACUGACGGAGAGAUUCAUUCUGUCAUGAUCACCUCUAACAUCAGGGGGAGAGAUAUGAGACUCUCAGCCGUGAACUCCAAUCUGGAAUAUGUUAGAACAGCUCCCAGAAAACCAAUCAUUAACGAGAGUAUUCCAUACAAGGCACCAAAUGUAUCGCUUACAUGGACUCUGCAAAAUGAUAAAGCUGAGAAGUUCUACGUGUCGCUUACGGGACCCGGGGUGUCUAUAGCUUAUGAAACAACGUACAAUAACAUAACAUUAACCAGCCUAAAGCCUGGGACAAAAUACCGGCUUACCGUCAUCCAGGACACAGGUGUUCCGUACCCGAGCAAUAGUUCAACUGCAGUGUUAGACUUCCGGACCACCACUACAGAACCUUAUCCACCACAACAUGUUGAAGUUGUCGGUGUCGGACAGCAUAAUAUAUCUUUAAACAUCACUGACACCGACAUGCCGAAUGGAGACAUCAUCAAGUAUAUCUUCAAGCUUCGAUAUAAAAUUUACAGCGAUGACGUCAACGAUAUGAAAAACGAGAUUGCCAUCAACAAGAAAGAUUCCAACAUCUAUGUUCUGGAUAAUCUAAAACCGGGUGUUGCGUAUUCUAUAAAUGUUUUCACUGAAAACGACAAGUACAACAGUUCUGGAAGUUUUAAUUCUACAACAGGACAAGUGAAAACAUUACCUGAUGUUCCUGGUAGAGUUAAGACCCUAUCAGCAGCAGAGAAAACUAAUUCCAGUGGUACUAUUCAUUGGGGAAGACCAGUUACACCAAAUGGAGAUAUACUGGGAUACAGAGCUGUGCUGGAAAGGGGCCCCAAUAUCACUCAGUGUCGGAUAUACUUCCUCUGUAUCGGCUUCUGCAAUAGCACUCUUUUUGGUCCUCCGAAUGAUACGUGUAUUAUUAAAAAUGACACCGCCCUGCUAGAAAACCAAAAAGAAAUGAAUUUGAGUAUCAAAGAUCUUCGACUUGGGACGACGUACACUGUACACGUGGUUGGAUAUACGAAAGUGGGCCCUGGGAGAUCUCCAGUAGGAAUUAACUUAACAACUGUUAGUAUAAGACCUGCCUUAGUAGAAAAUGGAUCCAUUCACGUCACCUUUCCAAACAACAACUACUUUAAUGUUACAUGGACCCCUCCACCGUUCCCGGGAGAAGACCUAAAGUAUUUUGUAGUACUCAGAGAUGCGUUGCAGGGUAGAGUGAUACAGUCACUGUUUGUGAAAGUGCCUUUCUACUAUCCGGAUUUCACUACAAGGAACGAACUCUCUAACUACUAUAAUUAUAACAUAAGUAUCAGACCAAGGACAUCAGCAGGAGAUGCAUACGGGAUCACAUUGCGUGCAUUUACUACACCUCCUAGGGGUAGACUCGGACGCCCACAAAAACUAAAGAUAAAGAUUUCAGACUGCGACAAAAUUCAGAUUGACUGGGAAGAGGCAGAUGUAAAAAGUCGAAAUGGUCCUAUAACUGGCUACAAAUUCGAGAACGUUAAUGCCGGGCAUUCAUGGAACUUCAUGGUACCUAAUCCGAUGUUCUGGUCUUUAACCAACAGAAAGUUUAGUUUUUCUAUCAACGUAGCUGAAAAAACACAGUAUGAAAUAAGGAUGUACGCUGAAUCUACGAUUUCUAGACAAACUGGUACAACCCUUUCCUCUCGGAUGUUCACUACGGGGGAAUGUCCUAAGGAUAACACCGUGCAGAUUGUGCUCAUCGUCAUCGCCUUUUUGUUCUUGUUGGGCAUCUGCUUGGCUGUCAUUGUCUUUGUGUAUAGAAAGAAAGUCCGCGAAAUAGAGGAAGUGUAUGUUAAUCCAAAUAGACCCAGACCCAUUCCUGUAGAAAAUAACAUAAAUACUCUCGUGGAAGAAGACAUCCAAUUGGAAAGGCCUUUUAUUUUGUCUGAUGCUCAUAAAGUGUUUGAAGAAAAAAGCGCCGAUUCCAACAGACAUUUCCUAAUAGAGUAUGACGAUAUUAAGAAGCUUAGUCAGAUAGAGGCUAAAAAGCAGACAACGAAUACUGCCAAUAUUGACGGAAACAAGGCCAAAAACCGCUAUGUCAACAUACUGUCUUAUGACCACAGUCGUGUGAAGCUGCACCUUAUUGACGAUGACCCAUGUAGUGAUUACAUUAACGCCAACUUCAUUGUGGGAUACACGUACGAACGCGAGUACAUCGCUAGUCAAGGCCCGCUUCCUGGAACAGUGAAUGACUUCUGGAGAAUGGCGUGGGAACAAAGCGUAACGAUUGUUGUUAUGCUUACCAAGUGCAAAGAGGGCAAUACGAGCAGAAACGACGGUGUAGAGGAUAAGUGUGAGCACUAUUGGCCAGACACAUCAAAUGAACCCAAACAAUAUGGUGACAUCGUAGUAAAUCUCAUAUCAGUGUCAAAUAUGGACAAAUUUGACAUCAACAUCUUCCAAGUUUCUCAGGGAGAUUACACGCGUACUAUUAAGCACUUUCAUUUCCUGGAAUGGCCGGAUUUCUCAGCUUCUGUUGACUCCACGGUGGUUAUCGAUUUCAUACAAACAGUGAGAACUCAUAUUACCCCAGAGGUCAAAGGUCCCGUUCUGGUCCACUGCAGUGCUGGAGUGGGGAGGACGGGGACCUAUAUCAGCAUAGACUACCUACUACAGUACGUACGCGAUCACGACCUCAGCCUGUCGGUAGAUAUUUUUGCCUGGGUUGUACAGAUGCGCAAAAACAGGGUAUCCAUGGUUCAAGUAGAUAAACAAUACAUAUUUAUUCACCGAGCCUUAAUGGAAUUAAUUGAGCGGAAGAGAAACGGUCUUCUGCAGAGUCAGGACGACGCCAUGAUUAGCAACGAGAUUGUGUACGAGAACACUGCAUUCCAGAGCGAUGACGACGACGAAUCAGAGGAAGAAGAAUCGGACGAGUUUUAUGAAAACACCCUCGCUAAAGUCGACGAGCAACAACUCACGGAGCUGUAGUUGUCACGUGAUCAAUUCAAACGACUUAUCAAAUACUCUACAUGUAGGUGAACACAGAUACAGAAUAUAUAUGCAUUUUUUAUGAGUGAUCGGCGGCUAAUGAACUCGUAUUUUCCAGUGUAUGUAUGUGUUUGAUGAAAAGAUGCUAUUUAGUUGUUUUUUUUGAGUUGUUUUAUUCUGAAGCGGGAAUACCGCAAACUUUCACGAUUUUGCUGUGUAUGUACAUUUAUUGCAAUAUAUACAUGAUGUAGCCGUUUUCUACGGAAGUCCAUGUAGGAUCUAUCACUUUUUCACUUGAAGUAACGAAUUUUAGAAUUCGCUAUUUCAAAUUUGAUUCUUUAUUUCAAAUUUUAGAAUUGUUAAUAACGAAUUAAGUUUUAAGUGAUGAUUUUUUAUAAUUUUUAUGAUCUUGCGAAAUCUUCAUCCAUUUACAUGUAUCACAAAAUUGCUUUUAUUUACUUGUUUUAACAGAUUGCAUUAAUUCGUUUAAACCGAGUUAAUUAAUUCUAUAAUUUCAAACUAAUCUAUUCUUACUAAUUGUCAAUCUGAUUAAAAUCAGCUCCAUUAUCCGCUCCUCUUUAAUACUUAUUUCAUAUCAACGAUUUUAUACCAAAUUUGACAACUUUUAAGUUAUAAUAUAACCAUUUCUGAAAUUCGUAUUUUCAAAAAUUCGAUAAAACAAAUUUUGAAAUUUGUUAUAAGAAAACAACCAAUUUAAUUCGAUAUAACGAAUUUAAAAGUUUGAAAUAACAAAUCAUAUUUGUAAAUAAAAAAAACAAAAAACUGAAUUCUGAAAUUCAAAUUCAAAAAUAGUUUUAAUUGGUUUUAAAUAGGCUUCCAUAGUUUUCGACAUGAAAUUGUAAAUAAGGAUUGACCAUAAGCAGAAAUUGGAUCGUUGAGCAUCGAGUCCUUUUACUGCGUUUUGCAGAAAUUAGCACUAUGCUUGUCUUCCCAUACAGCUGUAUACAUCUUGAACUGCAUUUAUUCAUCAAAGUUUCAUUUUCGAUUUCAGUAUGAAUACAACAGGUUGACCAUAGACAAAGAAUUAUUUUUAUACCAGUCUUUUCUUCACUAAUAUUACUUUCAAAGGACGGGAAGUUUGUGUACAAAGUGUGUGAACGCAGAGAUUCGUAAUGUACAUAAGUUUAUGUACAUAUGUAAUAUUCCUAGAUUAUGUCAUGUUAACAUAAAUUUGGCAAGGCAACGUUUAAUAUGUGUUCUCUAUGUGCUGUGUUUAUUGAUAGGAUGCCCCCCCCCCCCUCUUCUAUAAAUAAAGAUCUAGUCAGAAAACUGAGACUUGUGACCUACGAAAGCCUUAUUGCUAUGUGAAUGAAUAUUGUCGUGUGAAUGGUUUUCACUUUCAGACUUCGGAUUUAUGUACCAAUAUAUUUUUGUAUGAAUUUUGUCAUAUUUUUGUAAGAUUUAUAUUGCAAAAACUUUCAUACUAUUUCUGUCCUCAUUUCCAAAUAAAAUUUAAAAGUUUAACGUA